GUGCCGACGUUUAACUUUUAUAUUUAACUCAGCCGUUAGUCACGACUCAUUUGUCUUUUCACUGACAGAGCUCGUUGUGCUUAUUAAUACGUAGCUUUGUUGCUUCUCUCCGGUUCAUAAACGAGUUUUAGAGCUACGUUGUGGCGUCUCAAUUGUUGUUGUUGUUGUUGAGACAUUCACAACAAUGAGGCCCCCUCAGCCGUGGGGGUAUUUCUGCUCUGGCAUCUUCUGGGCAGCUGAGACACUCAAGUCAUUUUCUUCAGGUGUGUUUUUCCCCAAACAGUCAACAUCAGGUCUUUGCUGCGAUGAAUCUGUAUGUCUAUAAUCCUCGUUGACAAAGUGGGAUUUUCCCUCUCUACUCAAAUCGUGUCUUCAUUUACAGAAGGCACCAUUUAAGCAGAGAUGUAACUGGAAUUACAAUAACAGCUGAUCAUCCUUUUGACGAUCAUACAGCAGUGAACACUAAAGAAUACCAGUCAGAGAUGUUAGGUAUUGUUCUUUUCUCCUUUCGAGUUGGUCAUUUUAUGAAACACUUGGAGUUCACCCUCAACUACAAGUGUUGGAUUUUAAUUGUUUGUCUAACGGGACAGAAUAGAAAGAGACUAGUGCUACAUUAGCGAUUAUCCAUUAGUCGAUCGACAGAACAUGUAAUGAUUUUGACAAUCAAUUAAUGGUCCGAUAGUACAGAUAAGAAUGCACCUUUAAAUUGAAUCUGCCGACUUAACACAAGUACUGAUGUGGAAUAGUACUAUACACAGGGUGUAUCAGAGGUUGUAGUGACUGAUGGUGUUCUUGGUCUAAAACACACUGUUGGUAUUCAGACCCAGAUGCUGCAACACAGCCACCACCACCAUUUCCCCCCCUUUCAGCAAAGCCACAUCUAAACAGUCGGACUCCUUCAUGCAUAAUAAUGGUCCCGACACCGUUUUAUAAGCCUGUCUCACGCGUGGCUGACUCAGCAGUUUUUUUUUUUUUUGGGAGAUUGUUGAUGCGGGUUGGGGGAAGUACGCCUCCACAGAUUGCAGUGUUCCUCUGUGCUGUGAAGGAUUUCGUUCCGAAAAAGUAUCAGACCUAACCUACAAAGAACACAGAGCUAGAACGAGAAGGUCGGUCGAGCUCAGUGACUCGCUACGGCUCCACAGACAGCAGCGGGGAGCAUGACCAUCAUGACCAUCAUGACACCAACCACAGCAACCACCGGCUUCCCUCGCCGAUGGCAGGUCACUGGGUCAGGGCCGAUCAGGAAGAGGAGGCCAUUCGCAGGAAACUGAAGUACUUCUUCAUGAGCCCCUGUGAUAAAUAUCACGCCAAGGGCCGCAAGCCAUACAAGCUGAUCCUGCAGCUGCUCAAGAUCAUUAUUGUCACGGCUCAGUUGGUGAUGUUUGGCCUCAGUAACCAGGUGGUGGUGAACUUCAAGGAGGAGAACACUGAGACCUUCAAGCACCUCUUCCUCAAAGACUACGAUGAGUCCUCAGACGACUCCUUUGCUGUUUACACGCAGAGCGACGUCUACGACCAAAUCUUCUACGCGGUGGAGCAGUACCUGGCCGUACCAGAGACCACAGUGGGACGCUAUGCAUACGUCUACGGUGAGAACGGCAGCGCGCUGUCCCUCUGCCAACAGUACUACAAGAAGGGAAGCAUCGACCCCGCCAACGACACCUUCACCAUAGACCCUCACAUCAUCACAGACUGUGUAGGUGUAAUCCCGCUGGCGGUCCCUCAAGCUCCGCUCACCGUCAGCUAUAGGAACUUCACUCUCAAGUUCCACAAGCUCAUUAACGUCAGCAUAGAGUUCCAGUUGAAGGCGAUCAAUAUACAGACUAUCAUCAACAAUGAGAUCCCAGACUGCUACACUUUCCACAUAACGAUAGUCCUGGACAACAAGGCUCACAGCGGCAAGGUGAAGAUCCGGUUAGAAAACCAGGCAUCAAUAAAGGAGUGUAAAGACCCGAGUGUCUCUGGACACGCUGAGAACUAUACACACUUGGCGUUCGACGUCGCCGUGGCUCUGGUGUGCAUGCUGUCGCUGCUGCUGUGUGGACGCUCCAUACUGCGAGGCAUCACGCUGCAACAGGAGUUUGUGCAGUUCUUCAGGGAGACCUUGGAUCGUAAAGUGUGCUGGGCGGACCGGAUGGAGUUCAUUAACGGAUGGUACAUCCUCCUCACCAUCAGCGACAUCUUCACCAUCACCGGCAGCAUCAUCAAAAUCGGCAUUGAGUCCAAGAAUAUGUCCUCAUAUGACUUGUGCGGCAUCCUGUUGGGGACCUCCACGCUCUUGGUGUGGGUCGGAGUGAUUCGCUACCUCACAUUCUUCCAGAAGUACAAUAUCCUGAUCGUGACGCUUCGAGCAGCGUUCCCCAACGUGAUCCGGUUCUCCUGCUGCGUGGCCGUCAUCUAUCUGGGCUACUGCUUCUGCGGCUGGAUCGUCCUGGGCCCGUACCACGUCAAGUUCCGUUCUCUGUCAAUGGUGUCAGAGUGCCUCUUCUCCCUCAUUAACGGGGACGACAUGUUUGUGACGUUCGCGGAGAUGCAGGAGAGCAGCACUCUGGUGUGGCUGUUCAGCCAAGUGUACCUGUACACCUUCAUCUCCCUCUUCAUCUACAUGGUGCUGUCGCUGUUCAUCGCUCUCAUCACGGGAGCCUACGAGACCAUCAAGCACCAAACACAAGAAGCCUUCCACAUCACAGACCUGCAUGCCUUCAUAGCAGAGUGUACGGACGCACCCAAUUCUGGGAAGUUCAGAGGUCUGGAGACCUCGCCGUGCUCCUUCUUCUGCUGCUGUGACAGAACAACAACAUAUGAGGACGUCCUGCUGGUAAACUGAAGUUGACCUCAGUGACCUGAGAAGCCUCACCGUCCCCCCCUGCUGACCACAGGGGUACACUGCACACUCCUGCCGCCCCUUUUCUCUGUACCAACAUGCCGUAUUUCUGGUCAAACCUCAUGGGGAGUCACCAUCAGCUGGACCAGCACUCUGUUGAAGAAAUGUGGAACAACUUAUUGGACCUCAUGUCUUUUCUGUCCAUAAAGAAGAAAAGACGGGACAGGACUGGGCAGCAUCGCGGAUGACUAAUGCACAGGCACUUCUCUGUUCCUUGUUGGUUUUCAAACGACAAACUGUUUCUUUUCUAAUGUAUUUAAUGAAGCACAAUGCUGAUCCAGGCCUGUUAAGAUGCUACGUGGGCACAUGUGCCACGAUGAGGACGGGGAGGCGUGCAUACAUGGUGCUGACGGUUUUUGUUUUUGUUGCGCUUUUUAUUUGAUUUGAUAGUAUUUCAAAAUAGGUUACCUCUUGAGGUCAGGGCACUUUUACAUCUCACAAAACAACUUUGUGAGAUGUAAAUUCACACAGAAUGAGGGGAGAAUCCACCUCGUCGUAGUCUUGUCUUUUUUGAGACAAUCAAGGAGAUGGCUUCCUUGAAAAUGUCGGGAAACAGGACCACAAGCAGAUGUGCAGCGUGAGGUUUCCGAUUUGUUUUCCUCUCCCGUGAGCUGCACCUUCCGUAUAAAGUUUCAAUAUUUAGCUGCGGUUGUACUGCACAAGCAUCACGUUGCCUUCAAAUGUGAAUACUAGUGUACUGCUGUAGCAGACUGUGUGUGAUAUCUUUUGCAUUCUUCUGAGUAAUGAAGCACUCAACAUUGCCUGUGGUUAGCUGUCCUCCAGACUUGUAUACGUGUCUCUUUAAUGGCGUGAAAGUAUGUCAAUGAAAACAAGAGAGGUAGAGCGCCGAUGGCAGUCCUCAAACCGUAUCUUACGUGUUUUAAGAGAAACAUGACUUGAAUCUCCUGACAGAGUGAAGCAGGGUUUAGGGAAGAUAACAAGAACUUAAUGAUGCUGCCAGAAACAUGUUCGCAUCUCCAUAAUAAUGUCCCAUCAUACUGAAUCAUGCUUUUUAGUCUGUUUGUUAUAUUUGAUGUCUCUAUACCAGUGACUUGAUGUUCAGGAGACGCUUGAAUCUUUUUUUUUCUUUGUAAUGCACAAUAUCAAAAAGGAGUCUCACAGAAAAUAGUUUCUUACAUGAAAGAGAGAUGAUCUCUGGUCCAAGCUGUGACAAGUUAAUAGAUGUGGGGGUACAUUUUAUCUAAUGAACCAACAGUGUCGCAUUCAAGCUAAAUAUGCUGUUGGGUUUUGGAUCUAGAUGGCAAGCGUGUGCCACACCCAUCAACGGUCUUAACUUAGUUAUACGUCAUGCACGUAUAUAUCAUCUAGUAUUACCUAGAUGUACCUUUCCUACAGUUUGAUGUUUUUGUUAUACAAAUGAUCUGCAUUUGAAGGUUGUCCUGAAGUCAUCUACUUGGUGUCAUAUGUAUCGCCAAUCUACAGAUUUAAGUUUCACGGAUCAUCGUUGAUAUUAAAACGUCGUUUUGUUUCAUUUUC